AUGGAAGAAAGACUAAAAGCUAUACGAGCCGGCAACAGAUCAGCAGUUACAAAGCUAUUUGGACGGUUUUUGGACUUGAAGGAAAAUUCAGCCAGUGAAGAAAUUACCGAUGAAAUCAACAUAAUUAGAAAGUCUCUCGCGCUGAAAAGGCAGACCCUACAAGAAGUGAAUGGCCGCAUAUUGGAUAUCCUAUCUGAAGAGGACAUCGAAACAGAAAUUGCAAAUACAGAUGAGUACAUGUAUGAAUUAUACCAUAAAAUUAGGCAAACUGAGAAAUUUACAGAAAAAGUUCCAUGUAAAACUUUGAACGCCAAUGCCGAGUGUUUUAUACCCACCACAGAUAUUCAAGCUAAUAACGUUAACACGUCAGCUACAAUUAACUCAAGUGAAACGGCUUGUGAGAAUAUUUUGAACAAUGUUCCUGCCUCUGAUCUCAAUGCACAAACAGCACAAACAAUAGCAGGAUUUGCGCUUACAAAUGCUAAUUACGAAACGGCAAUAGACUUGCUCAAAGAACGAUUUGGUCAGCCACAGAAAAUUAUUAACGCUCAUAUGAGAGCACUCAUCGAACUUCCUGCCCCCAGAAAUGAUGCCAUUAGUUUAAGAAAUUUUGGAGAUUUCUUGGAAUCUCAUCUGAAAUUAGAAAAAAACAUUGCACGUGAGUACGAUGGUGACAACAUUUCACUACAAAAUCUUCGUAAAGCUAUCAGCAAAGAAGUCAAAAUCCUUGAAUCAGGCCAGAUUGAAAACAGCGAUGGAUUUCACGCAACAGCAAUGUUUCUUACCGGAGCCUCAAAGAUACAACGCAACGUUCAUUAUUCACGUAAUCAGAAAACAAGAGAGUUAACUCCUCAUGUUGAAACAACAGAGAUGAAGAGCCGCCCAUGCAUUUAUUGUUGCACAGAGAAUCAUUUUCCAGGGGAUUGUAAGAAAGUUACAGACGUAAGUGCAAGAUUCGACAUCUUAAAACGGAAGAAAUUAUGUUUCAACUGCUUGGGAAACCACCGUGCCUCAGAUUGUAAAUCCCGCAACAGAUGUAAAAAGUGUCAGAAAAAACACCACACAAGUAUAUGCGACAUGAAACUAACGAGGGACAGAGAUGAGCCCACCAAAUCAACAAGUGUCAACAUUGUAGAAACGAGCAAGAAGUCAGAAACCACAGUACUGAACGUUGAACAUCGACCUACAAAUGUUUUACUGAAAACAGCUAUUGCCCCGGUGAGUCAUGAAAAUCAGACAACCGAUGCUAAUAUCUUAUUUGAUGAAGGAUCGCAAAGAUCGUUCAUAACAGAAAAACUCGCCAAUGAGUUAGAAAUCACACAAAGGAAAUCUGAAGCAAUUAAACUAGCUACUUUCGGGAAAAAUGGAAGUGUCCAGUAUCUAGAUAGUGCAACCAUCGAUUUGAUAACCGACUCGGGAGAAUUGAUUGCUAUUAAUGUUCUGAUAGUACCAUCCAUAGCAAGCCCUCUAACCAGCUACCACUCUUCUGAAGUAAAAAGACUACCAUACCUUCAAGGACUCAAAUUAGCACAUCCGGUUUCAGCUGACAGCGAAUUUGUAAUUUCGUUUUUAAUUGGAGCAGAUCAUUACUGGAGAAUUGUAGAAAACCAAGUCAUACGGGGACCGGGACCAACUGCUGUGAAGUCGAAGACUGGAUUUCUGCUUUCAGGACCAACUUCUCAAUCAUCUUGUAUAAACAAUGUCAGUGAUCACAUAUACAAUGUUAUAGCUAUGCAUACAUCAAUAGAACAAGCACUGGAACGCUUCUGGGAAUUAGAGAACAUUGGAAUCACGGACACACCAGAUAAGAACGAGUCCAGUGAUAAAGUCAAGAUGUACCAAUAUAAAUGCAUCGAGUUUCGAGACGACAAAUACUACGCCAAGUUGCCAUGGAAACAUGACCAUUCUGAGCUACCGUCGAAUUAUGGAAUUGCACUGAAAAGAACCCAAAAUUCCAGCACCACACCUAUCAGGAUAGUGUACGACUGUAGCUGCCGCGAAUCACGUGACAAGCCGAGCCUUAACGACUGCUUGGAUUCAACGCCACCCAUCUUAAAUGAUUUGACAUCAAUUCUGACAAGAUUUCGAUUACACGAAUUUGCUGUAACCACUGAUAUUGAAAAAGCAUUUCUGCACGUUGGUUUACAUGAGAAUGACCGAGAUGCAACGAGAUUCCUUUGGUUGAAGGACCCGAAUGAUCUCAACAGUUCAUUAGUGCCUUACCGUUUCAGAGCAGUGCUGUUUGGAGCAACUUGCUCCCCAUUUAUUUUAAAUGCGACAAUUCUGAAGCAUCUACAGAACAAGAACUCUACAAGUGCAAGUAUUCUGGGAAGAGAUCUGUAUGUGGAUAACGUGAUAUCCAGUUUUGCAAGUGAAACUGAUGCUAUUGAGUACUUUCGGGAAUCAAGGAAGAUCAUGAUGGAUGCAGGAAUGAAACUUAGAUCAUGGGCAUCAAACAGGACCAUCAUGGAUUUACAACAGAGAGGCAUGGCCAUGUUGGAACCCACAACCGACCUCAGUACAGUCUGUAAUGGAGACACAAGAGAAAUGCACGACAACAUCAAACGACCUUACUACUAA